AUACACAUAUAUCCCUACCCAACCCUAUCGGCUAUAGCCUUGAAAAACCCUCAAAUCUCCUACUGUUCUUCCUCCUCUCUUUCAAUUUUUCUAUCGGAAGCUGUUUUUUUUUUUCGACACAGGCAUGGUGGAUGAUGCUUUUGUUCUCCAGAGCGCCAAAGAAGACAGCAUAACCAGUUCAAUUUGCAAUGACUCCACUGCGGUCACGGCCACCGCAAACACAAAGAAAGCAAUAGACAAAAAGAAGAAGAAGAAGAAGCGUGGAGGCAGCAAGAAGAAGAUGACCGUUGAGCAGACUCUGGCCUUCAAAUCGGUGUGUGAGUGGGUGUAUCUGGAUCAGCCUCCCCCGUUGGUUUCCUCUGUUGCUGCUUCUUUUCUCGCCGACGAUUUUGGGGUACAAAAGAGUGCUGGAAGAGGUGGGGAGAAGCUGGUGUUUGAAUUACACUCCCAUUCGAAAUGCAGUGACGGGUACUUGUCGCCUUCCAAGCUCGUGGAGAGAGCUCAUGGGAAUGGGGUGAAAGUUCUUGCUUUGACAGAUCAUGAUACAAUGUCUGGUAUUCCCGAGGCCGUGGAAGCAGCACGCAGAUUUGGUAUAAAGAUAAUCCCUGGCAUCGAAAUAAGCUCAAUCUUCUCAAGAGACUCUGAAUCCGAGGAACCGGUGCAUAUCCUUGCAUAUUACAGUAGCUGUGGGCCAACAAGAUUUGAAGAAGUGGAAAAAUUCCUAGCUAACAUCAGGGAUGGCCGCUACCUUCGUGCAAAGAACAUGGUCUUGAAACUGAAUAAGCUAAAGUUUCCCCUUAAGUGGGAGCAUGUCGCCAAGAUUGCCGGUAAUGGUGUUGCUCCUGGGAGAUUGCAUGUAGCUCGAGCUAUGGUUGAAGCUGGUUAUGUGGAGAAUCUGAAACAAGCUUUUGCUAGAUAUCUAUAUGAUGGUGGACCUGCUUACUCAACUGGAAAUGAGCCUUUAGCAGAGGAAGCUGUGCAACUUAUAUGUAAAACAGGGGGUCUUGCAGUGCUGGCUCAUCCAUGGGCAUUGAAGAAUCCUGUUGCUAUCAUCAAAAGGUUGAAAGAUGCAGGACUUCAGGGGAUGGAAGUUUACAGGAGUGAUGGAAAACUGGCAGCGUACAGUGAACUUGCGGAUGCUUAUGGUCUUUUGAAGCUUGGAGGAUCAGAUUAUCAUGGGAGGGGUGGCCAUGGCGAGUCUGAACUGGGAAGUGUGAACCUUCCUACUCUGGUUUUGCACGACUUCCUUAAGGUAGCUCGACCAAUCUGGUACAGUGCCAUAAGAGGCAUUCUGGAGAACUAUGCCGAGGAACCUUCAGAUUCAAACUUAGCUUGUGUUACAAGGUUUGGGAGGUCAAGGAUUUUCAAAGGAAGUUCCCCUUUGAGCUGCGGCAAAGAUUUGAUCGAUCGUUGCUUGUCAUUGUGGUUGACAAAUGAAGAGAGACAGAGUGCUGAGUUUGAAGCCAUAAAACUGAAACUUUCUCAUGUUACAAUCAAUCAUGGCGGAAUUCAGGUUCCUAUACUGAGUAAAUAAUAAUCUGCUCAGAAAAAAGUUUGUCUGUACCAUCUUUUCAAUUGAGGAUCAUUACCUGGUUUUGAGGUUAUCAGGAAGCAUUUGUCAAGAAUCUCUAUUUUGGUAUAUUUGAUCAGAUGUCAACGAAGGGACUCAAUUUUGCUUUAUUUAAAGUUCUGAUCUA